UUUGAUUCUAAAUUCUAAAAAAAUGUUGUGAAGAGAAGAAGAACCCAGUGAGUGACAUGGAGUAAAGUAAAGUUGUUCUUGCAAAUUGAGCGUGAGGCGGGUUUUACUGAAAUAUGGAAUGGGAAAUGAGUGCUUCGUUGUUACAGAAUUUGAAGUUACACGAUCCAUGGCUUCCUCCAAACACUUGGGAACAACGAACACCAACACCCCUUCUUCCUCUUCAAUUAUCUUCAAAUUCUAAUUCAAAUUCAAAUUCAAAUCAAACCACUCUCUCUGAAUCCAGUUUGGUUCGUUUGGUUAUGAAUGCAAUGUUAGGUUCCAAAUCAUCCAUCAUCGCUAUCCAUAACCUAUCUCCCAUCUUUUCUUCUCAUCAUCCCAACACCACUUUCCUUCAUCUCUGGUAUCGUGCUUCCACCACUCACUCUUUCUCAAAUAUCCUUCAAUCCAUUGCCUCCACCGCUUCUCUCGUUUUCCUUCUCCGUCACUUCGUUGAUCAUUUCACUAUUUCCCUCCCUCCCUGUACUCUUGUUAAUCAAGCCUUUGCUGUUGCCGUUGGAAAGGUCUUGGAAGGUUACAUUUCUUCUCUCGACACUAUCCACUCUUCUCUCAUUUUCAGACGUGCUUCGGAGAUACCUGUUGAUUUCUCUGCCUCUAGUUGUUUCAACAGUGUUUCACAUUCUGAAAUUACGCUGCUUGAGUUAUAUUUGCACACAAAACAACUCAGAAUUCAUAUUCAAGCCCUUGCCAGUAUAUGUAACCUACUAAAGUGGGCUCAUUGUGUUUCCGAUACUGAUUUUGAAAACGUCAUUGCUAAAGCUACUUCGGAAUUUGCUGACUUCUACAGAGGAGGGAGCUUAUUAACAUUUUUGUAUCAUCAAUUACAGGUUGCUGAUUCUGCUCACUGUACUCUUCUCAAGUUUCUUUUUCUUCAAUCAUGUGAACCAUAUUGUGGGUUUAUUAGAUCUUGGAUUUUCAAAGCUGAAAUACAUGAUCCCUACAAGGAGUUUAUAGUUGAAAAUAUAGGGUGUUUAUCUCCUAAGUCGCAUGUUAAAGCUGGUAAUUCUGCUGACUUCCCAUCUGCAAGUAUCAGGUUGCGAGAUGGAGUUCCCAUUCCUGGAUUUCUCAAGGACUCAUUGGUUCCACUUGUUAGAGCUGGUCAGCAGCUUCAAGUACUAUUGAAAUUACUUGAGCUGUGCAUUGAUGUUGCUGCUGGACAACAUAGUUCUGAUGACUUUCUACCCUGCUGGAGCGGCUUUUCAAGCAACAGUCUGUCUUAUUUCUCUCCACUGACUUUCAACAAAGAUACUAUAGAUAAUAUGGUGCUUGCAAGAGAAAGCUACUAUAAAAGGAUGAAUGAAAAAAUUGAAAGCCUUUUGAGCAGCUUAGAAGUUAGAUAUCAGCAGGUACCUAUGCAUGCUCCAGUUUCUUCUUUUGAUAAUGAUGUGGGGACUCUAGACAAACUAGGCCAGCUCAUGUCAGAAGACGAACCUAUUGUCUGUUCAACAGCAGAUAAAAGUUCUUCAAAUAUGGGAUCUAAUAAUUUGGACUCGGAUGUCUCAAGUAUGGAAGACGAGAUGUCUUUGCUGGAAGAUAUGUAUGGUCAAUCUGAAAGUUCAUCGUUAAACAGCUCUGACGAGCAACUGGAGUCUGAUCAGCUUAGUGGCUGGCCUUGCCCAGCAGCAGGACAACAAAAUCAUCUAUCUGCUUUAAGCUUCUUGAAGUUCACUACCUUAAAUAGUUCAAUACAAAAUUCCCGUCAUCAUGAAAAGCCAGGCAGUGAUUCACAUGAAAUAUGUGAUAAAAUGGACGCCGUUGAUCAUUUGAUGAAGUCCUCCAAUAAGGGAAUGAUAUCAAGUCACAUGUUUGACCCUCAAAAUCCUGAGAAUUCGUGGUACUCAAGUAAAUUCAGUAUUGAACAGAGAGGUAGUUGCAUUGACAGUUAUUCAGCAAUGGACGAUUUACUGAAAAAAUCAUUUGAUGCUGAUGGAACUGUUGAGCAAAAGAUGACAGAAAAGCACCUGCAAUCCAUGAAAUAUUCCCAGUUAUGUCGCGUUGCUGUUAGUGAUUCUUUGAGUGUGGAAACCUUGAGUGAGGACCAACCUGUUAAUAAUACGCCGGCUUCAUUCUUGUGUGAUUUUCAACCACUAAAAGUUGACCAUCAGUGUAAUCUACCUAGCAUUAAUCCCUUUAGUAUGAACCCAAUGUUGACUAGAAAUGUUUUGCCUCAACAAACAGCAGAUUGUGCACAGCCAUUUCCGUACUUCAACUUUUCUACUGUAGAGGACCCUUGUAAGGUUUAUAUGGACAAGUUACUCACCGAUUCAAUCUGUACAAACACAUAUUCAUUUCCACCGGAUAGCUGUGCAUCUACUUAUGGUAAUCAGAAUAAUGAUCAUGGAGAAAUUGACCGUGGUAAUGAAGAGGGGUUGGUUGAUGAACCCAAAUAUGGUUUUGAUGCUUCACUGGAUGUGGUGGACCAUAAACAAUAUGUUUUAACAGAUACAUCUGGUGGGAGCAGCUGGGGAAGACUGCUGGGCAGUUUUCGGAAAACUGUUGAUUGUGAUGCUACUCAAAGGCAAACUUUGUUGUCAACAUUUGAGAUGCCACUUGAUAUUAUAAUUGACAAGUGCUUAAUACAGGAAAUCAUGGUUCAAUACAAUUAUGUCAGCAAACUAAUCAUCAAUGUGCUUGAGGAGGCAUUUAAGUUGCAAGAGCAUCUUUUAGCACUGCGGCGGUAUCAUUUUAUGGAAUUAGCAGAUUGGGCAGAUUUGUUCAUAUUGUCUCUCUGGCGACAUAAGUGGUCUGUUACAGAAGCCACUGAGAGACUUCCAGAAAUUCAAGGCCUACUUGAACUGUCAAUCCAGAAGUCUUCUUGUGAGCAAGACACUAAUAAGAAUAGGUUGUUUGUGUACAUGAAAGGACGUGGAAAAUUGCCUCUUUCAGCAUCUGCUAUAGGGCUUCGUUCUUUCGAUUUCUUAGGACUGGGUUACCAUGUGGAUUGGCCACUCUGUAUUAUUUUGACACCUGCUGCGUUAAAAAUAUAUGCUGAUAUAUUCAGCUUUUUAAUACAAGUGAAGCUUGCCUUAUUUUCAUUGACUGAUGUGUGGUGCUCAUUAAAGGAUAUGGCACAUACAACGAAUAAGGGUCUAAAUGCUGAACCAUACCAGCCUGGGGCAGGGCAUCUUAAUAUAUUGAUGAAGAUGAGGCACCAGAUCAGCCAUUUUGUAUCUACUUUGCAGCAGUAUGUGGAGUCACAAUUAUCACAUGUGUCAUGGUGCAGGUUUCUUCAUUCCCUUCAGCAUAAGGUGAAAGAUAUGAUGGAUCUCGAGUCAGUGCACACGGAAUAUCUUGCUGAUUCGUUAAGCAUAUGUUUUCUGUCUGAUGAAACAAAGGCAGUGGGCAGCAUUAUUGAGAGCAUUUUGCAAUGUGCACUCGAUUUCCGGUCUUGUCUUACAAUAGGAGCUUGCCGGGGAGACUUAGGAGAACUUUCUACAAUCAAUAUAUCCCAGGUGCUUUCCAUAAAGCAAAAGUUUGAAAGAAGUCUAAAUGAAUUGCACGUCUGCUAUGUCAAGGAACCUAGGCAUGUGAAUUUUGGGCUUUCUCGUUUCUGGGAAUAUCUCAACUAUAACGAAUAUUAUUCAAAUGUCAACAAUGGGAUGAUGAGGUACUGUGCUGUCUGAAUUUUGCCAGCUGUGACAAGGAAUAGUGACAUAUUGCAUCAGCUGUUGUUUAGGAAGCCCGCUAGACAGUUUUUGAGCUGUACCUGGCUGUGUAUAAGGUAUUCCCGUGUUUACAUCCUUGGGUUUUAGAAGUACAGUUGAAUGUGUUGAAGUUUUUUCCCUUGGCCGGUUUGCCAAGUCAUGGAUGUUACUGUUAGGAAUAACUUGAUAGAAAAAAUUGUAUCUUUCAUGCACAAAGAUAAUAGAAAAAUGCAAAAACAUUAAAAGGCAUUGCAUCUGUGACAUGUCAGGGACAUUAUGUAUGUUCCAUGGAUUUGCUAACGCUAGUUGAGAUUUUGUACAUGAUAGGAGAAUGUCUGGGUUGUAUUCCCAAAGAUAACGUCACAAUUUACUUUGUAAAAGGAAAAGGAACAAAGAAAAAAUGUUGGUAUCAAAUGCAUAUUCUGCUCGGUUCAUGGUAUCCAAUCUUGAUUUUGCCUUGGACAUCUUUACCAUGUAAUUCUGACUAGAGUCGUAUACUAUGGAUUGCGGUCCAUCAAUCAAUGUUAUUAUGGGAAAA